AUGAGUUACAAUCUGGUACAACAAGCGUAUACUAGACUCGAACUGAUGGGCUCAGUGAAUUGUGUUCGAUUAACGCUUGCUGGGUCUCACCGUAACUGGAUUCGGCCGCUACCCUCAUGGAAAGAGACUGGAUUGUUCGUCCACACUUCCGAGACCUGGCAACGGUUCACAUCCUUUUAUCCCCGGACGGAUCGAAUCAGCAGCCUUUCUGUAGUAAAAAACACCCCAUGAUGAUACUCAAAAUCCUACAAUACAGAGAUACCGUCUAAUGCUUUCUCGAAUAUGCGACCGCUAACCGAAUGCGUCUAACGGUGUUUAUUCUUGAUAGAAGUUAAAUGAACAGACUAUUGCUAUUCUGAUGGCUCAA